UUUUGCUCGGCAGACACAUUCACACAUUCCUUCAUGUUUGUUCGGCAACUAACUUUAAGGCUGUGCCAGCCUCUGUUCCUGCCGCUGAUCCUGCUGCUGGGAGGCAGCUUUGCUGCGCCCCAGAAUGGACCCUGCGGAGAGAACGAGGUGAGGACCUGCCUGCUCUGCAAUGAGCCCAGCUGUACAGUGCCCAACUACCUUGAUCCGCACUGUAAACACAUUAGUGUGUGCCGCCUGGGCUGCGGCUGCAAGUCGGGAUAUGUGCGGAAUGAUACCACAAAUCGUUGUGUUUCCAUCUACGAUUGUCACACUUUCCGUUGGUUCAAACACGACUUUCGUCUCGAACGCCUCUUGGCCUCUAGGCCCAUACUGUGAAAUUGUGAAUUUAUUUCUAAUUUUUCUACCAUUUACGAUUGCUACAAACCAGUUGCCAACGAAGCAUUCACCAUGUCAGCCGUCUCUCAGUGUCCACUCUUUUUGUUUCUCUUGAUUUUUAUUUGCAUUUGGAGCUCGUUUGUGCCCAGCCUUUGGGCGCAGAUGCAGUCGAAGGGCGUGGAAUAUGGCGAGUUGAAGAAUAAAACC